GGAGGCCUUGUUAUGUGACGUCAUUCUUACAAACAGACAGAGGAGAGAGUGAAACAGUUCCAGUAUAUUACAACAUUUAGCCCCUCUGGAGUGUCUGGAGUGGCGGAGUUGGGAGUCAUGGAUUCAGAUGAGGAGUAUCUUUAUGACUGUGAUAGUGGUAAUGAGUCUAGUGGGGAUGAUGUGGGGCUGGACUUCGAUAUUGAGGGUGAUGCAGAAUCAGGAAGCAGCAAGUAUAGAGAUACGGAAGAUUACCCUUAUGAAGUGCUUUCAACAGAGGAUAUUACUAGACAUAUGAUCGACUGUAUUAAGGAGGUUAAUAGUGUAGUUAAUAUUCCUGUUACUACAACGAGAAUAUUACUGAAUCAUUUUAAAUGGGACAAAGAAAAGUUAAUGGAGAGGUUCUAUGAUGGUGACCAAGAAAAGUUGUUCUCAGAAGCUCACGUCGUCAGUCCAUUCAAAGCAACUAGUAAAUCCCCAAAAAAAGGUGAAGGCUUAGCUGUCUACCACCGUCCAUCUAGGAGUGCUGUACUGGGGAAGGGGGACUCCUUGGAGGGAAGUCCCCAAGAUUCAGGAAGAGUGCAUAGUGUACUUGUUAAAACCAGUAAUGGAAUGGAAGAGUGUGAAAUAUGCUUCCUUAAUAUGCCUUCUGCUAUGAUGACGGGUAUAGAGUGUGGGCACCGGUUUUGUACAAGUUGCUGGACUGAAUACUUAACUACAAAGAUCAUAGAUGAAGGCAUGGGUCAAACAAUCUCCUGUGCUGCUCACUCCUGCUCUAUCCUAGUUGAUGACCAUACUGUAAUGAGGCUUAUUGUAGAUCCUAAAGUUAAACUCAAAUACCAACACCUCAUAACAAAGAGUUUUGUUGAGUGUAACCGACUAUUACGCUGGUGCCCAUACCCUGAUUGUAAUUAUGCCAUCAAGGUGCAAUACCCCGAUGCUCGACCUGUUAUGUGCAAAUGCCGUAAUGUGUUUUGUUUCAACUGUGGUGAAAACUGGCAUGACCCUGUCAAAUGCCACCUUCUUAGGCGCUGGAUUAAGAAGUGUGAUGAUGACUCGGAAACCUCCAAUUGGAUUGCUGCAAACACAAAAGAAUGUCCAAAGUGUAAAGUGACAAUUGAGAAGGAUGGAGGAUGUAAUCAUAUGGUGUGCAAGAACCAAAGUUGUAAGGCAGAUUUUUGCUGGGUCUGCCUUGGGCCGUGGGAGCCUCAUGGAUCUUCAUGGUACUCGUGCAAUCGUUAUGAUGAAGAUGAAGCAAAACAGGCCCGGGAUGCUCAGGAGAAGUCUCGUGCUGCUCUUCAACGUUACUUGUUCUACUGUAAUCGUUACAUGAACCACAUGCAGUCAUUAAAAUUUGAACAUAAAUUGUAUGCUUCUGUUAAAGAGAAGAUGGAGGAGAUGCAACAACACAACAUGUCUUGGAUUGAGGUUCAGUUCCUCAAAAAGGCUGUUGACAUUUUAUGUGAAUGUCGGCAAACAUUAAUGUUCACAUACGUAUUUGCAUAUUACCUUCGGAAGAAUAACCAGUCAGUGAUAUUUGAGGAUAACCAGAAAGAUGUUGAAAGUGCUACUGAAACUCUCAGUGAAUAUCUAGAACGUGACAUAACUCAAGAAAAUUUGGCAGAUAUAAAACAAAAAGUUCAAGAUAAAUACAGGUACUGUGAUCAACGCCGUAGAAAAUUACUAGAACACGUCCACGAAGGUUAUGAGAAGGACUGGUGGGAAUACUCGGAACCUUAAAGAAUGUGAAACAGGCUUAUUACAGUGGGGGUUUUAUUGACAAAGCAAAUGAAGAUCUGAAGGUCAUGGAUAUAAGUGUUAAUAAAUUGGUAAUACAGGGGUAUAUGUUUUUGAAAUAUCAGGAUUAAGCUUCAACAUAAACUGUGGGGGGUAUCAGUCAAACUGAUAACCCUCAGUAUGUUCGAAGAAUAGUAUUUGGAACCUUUCUUAUAUCUAUUAGAUACUUAUCCUCUCAACAAAAUAGCCAAAAAACCCUCUUUUUUGAGUUUUUGAGUCAGGUGAAUUUUAAAGAAUAAAUAGGAAGCCUAAGAGACUCAUUACCUAUUUAUUCUUAAUGACAUUCCCACCACAAGUAAGCAAACCAGAUGUGGAUCACAGUUUAUUAAGAGCUGAGCAACCACCUCUGUAUCAUGCUAUUAAACUAAACAAUCACAAUUUGAUACUGAUAGUUAAUGGUAUCACAAAUUGCGGUUAUAAGGUGCACAGCCUAAUGAAUCAAGAAUUUAUUUACCAUAAAUUUUGUUAUCAACUAUAGGCAGUGCAGUAGGACUCAGCCUUCUCACUGGUGAUCAGGAUAGUUAUUGUACAGAUAUUAUACUAUCUGUUAUAACUACAUGUAGGAUGAGGUAAAAUUUUAAUGCCAUUCUCAUAAGUUUACACUCUAGCAUAUGGUCUUAAGCCAGGCAGCUCUUGAAAUACAGGCUGAGUACUUGCAGAUUAGGGUCUCCAUAAUAUAAGCCAGGGUUGAUGUGUUAACCCUCCCUGUAACAAUCAUGUCGUUCAUUAUGGGGAACAGUAGGAAGACCCUGAUCUCAGUAAGUGGCCUGUGCAUUGAAAGCCACCUGACUAUGGACCCUACUAGAAUAUAGAAAUUCAGGAUCAAUCCUCCAUCUAUACCAGGAAGAAAAUUAUGAUGAACAUAUAGAUUGUUUUGGUUAUAUUUGGUACGGUUAAGCAAAAGUAAUAGUAUUUAAACCAAAAUCACAUUAAUUAUAUAAUUAUUUCCCUAAAUUGGAUAUCAAUACAGUACAGUACAUUCCUUGUCUGUGAAAAUUUUUUGGGAAUUUAAUUUUGAUGUUCCUCCCAUUUUAUGGAAUAUUUGUGAUCAUGUUAUGUUUAGAAUAGAAGUUUCAUAUACAGUGAAUAUACAUUGGUACCAUACCAGUGUAAUGUAGCUAUUGUAUAAAGUUACCCUCUUUAUACUCCAGUGAAACUUCCUUGAAAGUAGCUCUUCGAGUUUUUAUUAAAACCGUAAAAAUAGUUUCCUAAUGACUGUAUCAAUAUAUCAGUCUAAAAGAAGGUAAAAAUGAGCUAUGCUUUUGCAGUGGCUUUGCCUAUAUAACAAAACAAAUUGUCCUUUUCAUACAUUUUUGGGGGUAGAUGUUUCUUACUUGAAAGUGUUUUGGUCUACAGUUUUGAUUCUGUACACUGGUUCUACUUGGCAAUUUACAUCACAUUUGACAGUACCAAGAUAACGACAGGCAUGAGAAAUGCUAGUAAUGUCAUGGUUACUAGUCUUAGUAGAACUAGUGUAUGAUCAUGCAAACAUUUACUUGCCUCAAAGUGGGGCCUCAGAUUUCAGUCCAUGUUAGAAUGGAAUAUUUCAUGUAGGUUGUUAUUUAUGAGAGAUUAUUGUGAAUAGAAAUCAGAUGGCUGAUAGGAUUAGCAGCUAACAUGGUUAAAUUCUAUGAAGAGCAAUUUAAUAAUAAUUUGUACAUAGGAUUCAUAUAGGUAUUUGUUUUAUUUCUGACAGUGAGAUGUACCAUUAGCAGGGAUAAAAUUUAUGAGUGCGCAGAUUGUACUCCUGUGUUCUUGGCAAAUAAUAUUCUUAGAUUCAUUAUAGAAAAAAUAGUCAUUUGAGUGCCUAGGUAGCAGGGCAAGCAAACUGCAUAAAAAAUAAAAAAGAGUUCGUGUGGAUUAUGCUCACAAUGUUGCUGCAGCUUAAUUGUCAAAGGGUGUUAUUUAAGCUUGAGCCAAGAGUUUUCUGCCUAGGAAGCAGCAGAUUUGUGGCAAGGGUUUGGUUGCUUGUAACUAAGUCAUAUUCCCCUAUUAUUCAUUACACAUGAUGCAUGAUGACAGUGUUACUGCAACUCAGUAUUAGUGUAUGUUUCUCAAAAAGCUUGAGAUGACAAUCUUGUCCUCCUCUACAGUUGACUUCAAUUUAAGUAAUCCCCUUAUUCAUUAUUCUGUAUACGGUAGGUUUUUAUAUCUAAAUAAAAUACAUUAGAUGGCACUUUUUCUGCAGUACAGUUUACUUACGAUCUAGGACAGUGUGUGCCUUGACCUAGUUUGAUAAUGCUUUUUAUUAUUAUUAUUAUUAUUACCCUGUAUUAUUAUUACUAUUAUUAUUAUUAUUAUUAUUGUUAUUAUUAUCAUCAAUAUGUCUUUGAAUUUUUCAAGGGAACUUAUUAACAAAGAGAAGUCAGCUGUAGGAGCAAGCAGUAUAAACAUACCAUAUAAUGUUUCAGUUAUCACAUAUUCCUUCUGAGGCUCUAAAUACAAGUAUUCAAUGCUGCCUGUAGAAAUUUGGCUUAAAUUGUCACUCAAAAAUAGUGUGCUUGAAGUUAGUAUUAAAAAAAAGUUAGAAUUUCUGAACAAAAAAAAAACUGAUUAGCAUUUUGAAAAUUAAGUUACAGUACUUAGAUAUGUGAUGUAACUAACAAGUAAUCCUUUUGAGCAUGGAUAUUAGGUUCCUACUUUACUGGUGAAGAGUCAGAGCCAAGCAAAAGUGCUAUUCAUGCCACCCUUUGCUUGUAACAUCUCUCCUUGUUUACUUCAGAAUGCCAGUUGUGGUUAAACCACAGACAUGCAAUUUUGUUAGGAUCUUAACUACAAGUUGCUAAUUGAGACACUCAUGUUUUAAGUUUAUAAACAUUUAUGCUGUUCUUUUAUAAAUUUUUACCAAGUAUAAUUUUUUUUACCAUAUUUCAUUUGUAAAAUAUUUUUGUGUAGAUUCAAAAUAACUGUGAUUUUCAGGAUUCCUUGACAGUUUUUAAUGGGUAUUCUAGUAAAAUUUCAUAACUUCACAUCAAUUGGCAAUGUAUUAUACAAUAUUUCAUAUCUAUCCAUGUACUGUAUUUGUGUUCUUGUUAUCACUAUUUUGGUUGCAUUAGGUAAAACCAAAAAGCAUUGAUAAUUUGCAUCUUUGACCAAUAUAAUGAAUUAUGGCUGUCAAGGAGUACUGCUAUAUAGUGUUAGGUUAUGAAGUGCUCUGGUUGAAUUUUAUAGAUUGAUGAUGUUUUCAUUACUGUGUAGUUAUAGGUCUUUCUGUUGUGUUUACAGGCCUUGAGAAUAUUGUAGCUCAUGCAUAUGUGGCAUGAUUACAGGGUGAUCACUGGAUUGGCUGUUCAUUAACUUAAUAUGUGUUAUAUAGUACUGUAUAUGGAAUGUAAUUCUGGAUUGCAACUGGGGCUAGACUAAAGUAAAUGUGUUAUGCAAUAAUACCAAAUUUAACAUGCCCACAAAUACUAAUCCGCACCUUCAGUGACACCGAUACCAUCCACCUCCACACACAUGUGCACACAUAAACAUUAACCCAGAUUGAAAUACACAAACACAUUCAUACAGUAACACAUGUGCACAAACCAGUGUCAUAGCAAGGGGGAGGUAGGGGGCCAUUGUCCCUGGACAUAGGUCUGGGGAAGGAGGAGGGGCGUACAGAUGACUGUGUUUACCGUGGUGUACCAUCAUACUGUAUUUUCCCAUAAUCUUUUAAAGUAAAGCCUCAGCAUUAUCAGUAACAUUAUUUAGCUGCUUUUCUACUUCGUCCAGUGUUUUAUGUGCUCAUAAUAUAAAGCUAAUUUUAAUUAGAAUAAUGAUGCCAUGUUUUAAUGCAGCUUCUUUAUCAUGCUCACUCUAAAUAAAAACUUGGGAAAAAACAUAAUAGUUACAAACGACGUGUGUAUAUUUCAGAUGAUUACGUUUAUACUAAAAACCAAGGAUACAAAUCUAGGUGAAGUUGUACUAAUCAUAAACAUGAGAAUGAAUCGGGCAAUUUUUAAAGAAGAAAAAAGUACCAUGUCUAUUAUUUACACAUAUUCCUCUCGGUGUGUGUGUGUGUAUCACAUGGGGGUGUUAGGCAACUCAAAAUGCACUCAGUACCUGACUUUUAAAACGGUGCCAUCCUUGUCUUGGAGCAUUUUACCAUUACCUUCUUUGAAAGAAAGGUAUCUACUGUAAUUUUAAUCUUCCUUCAUCGUGUUAUAACGAAGAAAAUUUUACAGCUAAGCUAAGACACAAUGGAAUGCAAGAGAAGACCCUGUACAAGUGAUUUGUCAGGAUUUUAAUCGUCUAGUCGAGAUACUUGGAGAAAUGAAUGGUGAUGCUCUAGAGAAUAUGGAGAUGAGGAGCAACGUUGAAUGCUUGAGGAACAAUCUCUUGACCUUUCUCUUUGUAGUUCUGCUUCCAUUUUGGAGUACAGUCGGAUAAUUGGGAGACUAAAUAUUGUACGAAAAAAAGAUAAAAAAGACUCCAAGAUCCACAGAUGAACAUUGAAAGAGCUGCAAGUGACGGAAAAUCUUUGCAUAUUUAUAGAAGAGAAUCGAGAAGGAUUAGUUGAAGAGGCUGUUGCAGCUGGUCUUUAAGUUACAAAGUCUAUGAUAUAAAAGUACUGUAGAGCAUAGAAUUAGAAAGGAGAAACUGAUGCCUGGAGAAAAUGUGGAAGAUUAGGUUUCUCUCUGCAGCAAGAACUAAGUUCUGUGUUGCGUGUGGUAACUGACAGAUAGAAGGAGGAAAUUAGAAGCAGGUGUACCCAAUUGCAUGACUCAUAAUAGAUUUGGAAAUUUGCUGAACAUGAAUUAUAUAUUCAGCUCUAGUCUUAAUCCAACUCGGAAAAAAGAAUGUUACCAAAAUUUUGCAAGCUUUUAUUUGUCUGACGUUGCAGCAGAUUCACUCGUAUCAGGAUGUAAUAGAUUGUCACAUGCGGCUUAUGAAUCACCAAGAGAGUCAUAUUGUAGUGCCAAAAGAUACUAGAGAAUUUGUACAAGUCAUUAUCAUGGACGGCAAAGAUAUUUUCCCUGAUUUUUGCAUAGCUCUUGUUUUGAUGCUAACUGUGGCAGUCUCAGUGGCUUCUUGUUAGUCAACAUUUAGCGAGCUAAAAAUUAAUUAAAAACCAUCUAAGAUCAUCUAUAAACAGCACCUUUCAAACCUCUCCCUUCCCUCUGAAAAGUCAUUUUUAAAGUGUUAAUGCUGACGCCAUCAUAGAUAAGUUUGUUGAAAUCAAAGCACGCAAAGUUUAUUUGUAACAUUCAGCAUAGCUUGAGUUGUAGUCUACUAACACCUCUUUUCAAUGUUUGCUUAAAUCAUUGUAUAUUUUUCAUAUGUAUAGAUUUAUAUAGCUUGAUGUGUAGCUAAUAAUGCCUUUUUUUAACCGUAGUUCAAUGAAAUAAAGAUUGUUUUUUUUAAUAAACUCUGGCUCUCAGUUUUUGUGUACCAUAUGCCUGUAAUAAACAGUAAAGUAGUUGAAACCCUUAGGUGACUGCAAUCACUUAUCCAUAUUAAUCUGGCUGACAUCAGACUAUUCCAAUUAUUAAUUACCACCAACAGCAAGUUAGUAUUUGUUUCACAUCUGUCUAUCUAUUAUCUAACUAUCGAGAAUGUAAAUUUGCGAGCGGAAAUAAGGGGGAGGGGCACCAAUGGCGAUACUCACCCUGUGCUCUUGAGACACGCACUACGACUCUGGCACAAACUUGCACACACACACAUGCACACAUACUUGCUAAUACUUAUAAUUACAUGUAUUCAUGGGUACGCAAUCAUUCAAGUAUAUAUAUAUGCCAGGUAUAUAUAUAUAUAUAUAUAUUACCAGUACUGUCCACACAUGCACACAAUUGCAAUAAAUUGUAAUUUUAAAUUUUGAAAUUGAAUCUAAACAAAAUUCUUUGGGAGAAAGUUUUGCUUAAACAAUCUACAGUAUUUUAUUGCAUUAUAUCUGUUUUGUUAGUUUCUUUUGCCUGAUUAUCACAUUUUAAUUUACAUUUUAAGUACUGUAUAAAGAAUUGCUAGCAGUAUAUACAAAUGCUUCUAUUAAAAAAAAAUAAUGUCAAGUUUGCACUGCAUUAUUAUGUCCCACCACAAAUACGGAAGAGGCAAAUAAUGUUAGCGUUGUUUUUAAUGGAACUUAUUUCAUCAUUCACCACUUACUGUUGGAUUUAUUUGUUUUGGUGAAGUUAGGGUAUCGGUAAAAAGGAGACGUGGAUGAGAGUGAUGAACAAAAGAAUUACAGCAGCAAGCAGACAAACUUGAGUGAUGUACUGUACUUCAAAAUAAAACUUAAUUCAAUAGUUGAAAGGAGAAGUAUAUCUCAAGUGCAGUACUAAAUGAUGGGUUGUAUUUUAUUGAAAACUACAAUUAUCUGUGUAUACAGUAGUUGGAUUAAAAUCAAAAUUAGGUGAUUUCAUGGGUCACAAAUGUCCCCAUUAUGUCUUUUGUACUCCAAAUGUUUCUCUCCUGUAUAAUACAAGAAAAACUGAUAAUUGUCAGGGCUAACACUGGAACUUCCAUAACUGACACCAGAAUUUACUGUACUGUACUCCAAAAUGAAGAAAAUUGUCCCAAUUACAUCUGAGGUUUUUUAUUAGUUAUAUUGUUGUUGUUAUUAUUAUUAUUAUUAUUACUAUUAUUAUCAUCAUCAUCAUCAUCAUCAUUAUUAUUAUCUUCUACCAUGAAGAAUGAAAUGGCCUAUUUUAGAAGGAGAAAAAAUAAUCCAACAAAAAAGUGUCAUAAGUGGUGACUGGCAGAGUAAGCUCUAAUUAUUAUCAAAAGCUCAGAAUCGCUGCACAUGUCAACUUUGUAAAGGGCAUAACAGUUUUAGUAUAAAGUUCUAUGCUGUACAGUAUAGUACUCAUCAAGUUUAAAUGCACUGUUUUUGUUUUUGUUUUUGGGGUAUUUUUGAAUAAGUUGCUUAUCAUAUUGUUUGAAUUACAUUGUGUUACAAGAUCAUAGUUUAGAUGCAGAAUAAGUUGAUAUUUGUAAUUGUCUCCGGUUGUCUUGUCCCAAGUUUUGUUUUAAUUUUAUAUUUUCACUCGUGUCAAAAUGUAAAAGUCAUAAAAAAGUAGCUAUUGGAGGAUUGAAUGUCAAAUAGGACCCAAUCCAAAUAAAGGUUGGCCCUUGUGUAACAGGGAUGGCCAGCUCCAGGGUGUGAAUUAAUGAUGUAGAAGCUGUCGCCAACACAACAAUCACACCCUAAGUUUGGUUACUUGGGAUUUUUUUUGACUAGUCACUUUACCGAAGCACCACGGCUAAAAAUGUGUUCAUAUUGAGGUUUAUCUAGUGAGGGGAUUAUUGUUCAAGAUCACCUUUAACCAAAUGGGAUUUUAAGAUGAAGCUGCACAAUUUCUACCAUGCAUGUUAUGUUAAUGAGUCAGUUUAGACAUAUUACCAUCUGAAUGAUUCUUUAAAGUAUAGUUUAUCAUUGUAGAAAAUUAAGUUGUUGAUUUUCAUAUCGGCAUAAUUCAUACUGCUGUUGUAUAUUUGACAAGACAUUAUGAGUAGAAUAACUCGGAUGUCAAGGAUUAGUAACUUCUGUUUUCCUCAGUGUAUAAACAUUUCUUUGGAACAUUAUUAGUUGCUGUCAAUGAGUACUGUAUAUAUUAUUGGUUUUAUUUCUAGGAAGAAUGCUCCUUUAUCAUCACUUCCUAGAAAAUUGCUCUUUAAUUUUGUCAUGCAUCAUCCUAUGUAAAAAUACACUUCUAUUGUGUAGUUUUUUAUACAGUAAUAACAGUACUGUUUUGAUCAUCCCAAGAAAACCAAGUUAAUAUUUAACAUUGUGAAUUCACCUUAUAGAUUGAAUACUGUCCAGUCUUUAAUCUCAGGAUAUUGUAAAUCGAAUUCUCUAACUAACAAUGAAUUUUUAUUAAUUUCUGACAAACUUUUCCCUUGGGACAAUACAUGCAUUUUGUACAAGUCAGUCUUACGUAAAAGAGACAGUCAACAAAACAUCAUGAUGUACCGAGCAAAAAUUUAAAAACUUAUAGGCAUUUCAACGCCUAAUGAUUUUUCAGUCAUCUCUCAUAUAAUACAUUAAUGUCUGAUUCUGAAUUGAUUAAUUGGUGAAAUUGUAUAUGUAAAUUACAAAGUGGGUGGUUGAUAUAUGGUGCUGAAAAAAUGAUACAGCAGUGAGUCUUAGUCUUAUGAUAUAAAUGAAAACUUAUCUUCUCACAUGUUGAGCAUUGUUAAACAAUUGUAGAAUUGCCUCUUUGCCUUAGCUUCCACUUUGUUGGUUUUAAUCUGUAAAUGUAGUAAAGUGUCCAUAUUAGCAGACUGCCUAACAAAGAUACCCCCACCCACCUGCCCACCUAAACAUUUCUCGGAAUUAUGAGGUAUUUGUCAUGCAGCAUUUUUUAAGGUCCAUAAUUCUUGUUACAUAUAUUGUUUUCUCUAUUUUCUUUGCCUAAUUAAACUAGUGGCAUACUUAUUGUGAUACAAUCGAAAAGAAUCAGGAGUCAUUCCUCUCACCGCAUAUCAGUGAAUCCCAAGUCUAGGAUACUGGCAAGGCCUAAUGGUCAUCAACCUAAGCUGUGAUUUAGGUGAUUAUUCUGUGUUGAUGCAGUAGCUCAUGACAGGUUCACAGCUUGAAAUGCAUGUGAUUUCUUAUGCUACUACCCAGUCUAACUUUGUCCAUUUGAAUGUUACUUAGAACUCAAAAGUGUAAACUAAAACCCAAUCCCAUUGUCAGAGUUUCCAUAACAUUGAUCCCCCUUUUAUCUAUCACUAAUGAUUGUUAAGGAAGGGAGGUGGGGGAACACUUUGUGAGUACUUUUUUUUCCAAAUUGGGAAUAUAGUAUAGUAUGGAGGUGACUAUUAAGAGGUACUACUCCUUUAUUCCUUGGCUUAUUCCCUUAUAAUAGACUACUGUACUGGGUAUGAACUGACACAGCACCCAAUAAAUACAGUAUGCUGUGAAUAUAUAUGUGUACUUACAGUACAUACAUACAUACAUGUAUUAAGUGGGAAAUGGCUUGACAAAAUGUAUAUCUAUGCAGUAAAUAUAUACAUAGAGUACAUUAAGACAACUUGUGUGUGUACACAUAUCUGCUUAGACACACACAUGUACAGUAAAAUAAGGAACAGGUAAUAUGAUGAAUUGGGAGUAUUAAUGCCAGAAAUGAUUUGACCUCUGACAUAUUUCUCAGGCACUGUGAACUUAUUUGAUGCUUCAGAGAUGUGGCCUUAUACAUGUGAUGCAGCUUGUGCAUUUGCCAGUUUUCCAAAACUGUCAGUCUGUGACAAAGCGGUGAAAGAAUGAAACUGUAUUCUGCCUGUCUUGUAUAGAAACUAUGUGGGGUAUAUUGGGCCAUGUUAUAUUCUUUGGUAUUUACUCUUCAGGAUCUAUCAACACUAUUUUCCCAUAAAAAAUAUAUACUUGUUUGUACCCUGAUAAUUUAAUUCCUUUUACCCAUUUUUUUUCCUGACUUUAUACUCACACAGGCACUGCCGGGUGUUUGCUCCAGUAGAGGAAUUAGAUUUAUUCAUUAACACACUGGAUUAUUGAUUCAGUCGAAUCUUGAUUUAAUAUUAGGAAGAAUGAAAAUUGAAUAUAUUUCACAUAGCUAUUUGAAUGUUACAACAAUUAGGAUUGAACUAUUAAAUCAUCCACCAAGGUAUUGACUGAACCAGCACCAUACCAUAAUCCCCACCUUUUUCUAGUCUGCCAUCCAUUAUCCCCAUCAGCUAAUUGCAGACCUAAUACCCCAAAUUGUGAUCAACAACUGAUACAUACAGUAAUCUGAAUAAACCUUCCUGGCAGUGCCCCACACGUCUGCAAUGUGUAUGGUUGUGGUAUACAGUGUGUGAUUGAGUGUAAAUAUUAUUGAUAAAUAUAUUAGUCAACUUUCAAA